AGGCCAGUUGACUCGAUGCCCGCUGUUGAUCCAGAAAUCAGGUACCUGAUCCGGUGCCCGCUUGUCGUGCCAAUUGACUCAGAGCCCGCUGUCGUACCUGGUGACUCGGUGCCCACUGCCUUGCCAGAUGACGCGGUGCCCGCUGGCGAGCCAAAUGACCUGAUGCCUGGUGACCCAGUGCCCGCUGUCAUACCUGAUGACGCGGUGCCCGCUGGCGAGCCAAAUGACCUGAUGCCUGGUGACCCAGUGCCCGCUGUCAUAUCU